AUGAAGCGCUCUCGGCCCCGACGGAAUAGAAAGCUGGGAAGCGACUGUGCCGAGGACGAUACAACUACAACCACUACUAGCGACUCAGACGAGCAGGGCGAUGCUACUUAUGAGACGGAUCUGACGGAGCUCGAUGAUGCUCCGAGCUCACGAAAACGUCUCCGGUCGGAUGAGAACUGCUCUCCCUUGGAGCCAGGGCUCUCUGGUGACUUGAGGGAAUUCUACGAUGAUCCACUAGAUGAUGAUGGAGUUGAUCCAUCUGAGAUUCCGGAGGAUUUCGACAAGGCCCCUGGUACGAUUGAACGACGAGAGCGGAUUGAGGGGCGAUGGAAACGAUACUGUGCCAGCCAACGGAUAAACAAGCCAAAUGAGCAAAAAUGGCGAGAGCCUGAGGAGGCGCUACGCCAGGCAUCGAACAAUGACAUGUAUCGGUUCCUAGGCUGGUGUCUCAAACUCGAGCGCGGCAAGGAAGCUCGGCGGUUAAAACGCAUCAACAAAGCUAGCUCGUUGAAUACGGACUGGAAAAACCUCCGCGGGUACUACCAAAAGCUUACCAAGAUCAAAAUCAACGACGAGGAUGGCUCGGAUGUACGCAGGAACCGCCUUCACGACCGCUUCAGUUACCGUACUUCCAAGACAUUGCGUACUGACUAA